AGCAUUAGCAGCUAACACACACACACACACACCGGCUCCCUCUGCAGCAGCUGCUGUAAACACACCCGCACAGUCCCCUGUAACACACACACACACACACACACAGCAGCGGCAUCAGAUCAGGCGUGUGUUUAGCGCAGAACACAGCGAAGAUGAUCAAGCUUUUCUCGCUGAAGCAGCAGAAGAAGGACGAGGAGUCCGCCGGAGGAACGAGAGCCGGAGCCGGCGGAAAGAAGGCGAGCGCGGCCCAGCUGCGGAUACAGAAGGACAUCAAUGAGCUGAACCUGCCAAAGACGUGUGAGAUCGUGUUCCCCGACCAGGACGACCUGCUCAACUUCAAGCUCAUCAUCUCCCCAGACGAGGGUUUCUAUAAAGGUGGGAAAUUUGUCUUCAGUUUUAAGGUAGGACAGGGAUACCCUCACGACCCUCCUAAAGUCAAAUGUGAAACGAUGGUCUAUCACCCCAACAUUGACCUCGAAGGCAACGUCUGUCUAAAUAUUCUGAGAGAAGACUGGAAGCCAGUGUUGACGAUUAACUCCAUCAUAUACGGACUACAAUAUCUGUUCCUGGAGCCCAACCCUGAAGACCCCCUGAACAAAGAGGCGGCGGAGGUGCUGCAGACGAACCGGCGGCUCUUCGAGCAGAACGUCCAGCGCUCGCUGCGCGGCGGAUACGUGGGCGCCACCUACUUCGAGCGCUGUCUCAAAUAGUCCACGCCGCCGGCCCUCACAUCCCAGAAUGCAUUUAUCGUUUACAUGCGCUGAGACGCACUGACCGACACACUGACCGCACACAGAAGGGGGGGGGGGGGGCGCUGGUCAGUGACUGUUGCUCAGAGAAUCCAGUCGUAUUUUGCCACUAUGCUGGUACCCACUGUUUAUUUUUGCUAACUCAUCCUCCCACUCACAGAGAGCGAGACAGAUCAUUACACUUGUAUUCAUUACCCAGGCUUGAGGACCCCAUUCGUCUGGGCUUCGCGAAACUGCCUCGAGUCGCAGAUAUUCAACUAGUCACUCAUUCUUACGUUCGCCAAAAAGACGCGUGCAGCGUCGCCUUCGACCAAUUCUGAUAGCACUGACAAAUUGAUACCCCGUUGAAACUAGAGGCCAGUUAACACGAGAUCGGCAGGAUCCGUCUGCUAACUGGGCUGUUGUGAGCUUGGGAGACCUGCGAUGUUUUGCUCUAGUUUUCCUGGUUGGGAUGGGUGGGAUGGGAUUUUCCUGAGGAGGAUCGUCGUAGGGUUAGGAAGGGUUGCGUACAAUGUUACAAUUCUGUUGUGUAUAUUGAAAUCCCAGUUGUUCACGAUGACUGCAAUAUGAAUUAUGUUAAAUAAAAUAUUGAGUUGAAUGCC